AUGUCGCUAAUGUACGGUAAGGAAAAGGACGCCGACCACGACCUUCAACACGCAUCAGACCCAGGAUUCGUCUCUUUCUUUUCAAAGUUGCCUAAAAAAUCACCCGCAGGAGACGGAGUCAAUGCUCACUUCGUGGCCACACAUGUCUUCCGUACCAAUUCCGUAUUAAAGUACCUGGGCGCCGGAGGGAAAGCAGGCGGUUUACCCAGCGUAACGCUGAGCUGCACUCUGGGUCAUCAGUUCUUAAGAGAGGCUCUGACGGUUAAACAACUCAGAGUCGAAAUCUGGGCUCCUGCACCAGGCCAGGGGAAAAAAGCCGCAAAGUUUGUGCUCCACAAAGAGGCCUCUCCAGGAAAUCUCCAAGCAGUUGAGGACCUUCUUUUCGCUAAUUCAGACGUGCUUUCUGCUCCAAUUGUCAUUGCCAUCAAAAUUUCAACGUCUGCUGGUGCUGACAAGGCAAAGACCAAGUCUGUGUCCGUGGCGUAUGCCGACACGAGCGUUCGAGAACUAGGCGUCGCGGAAUUUAUUGACAAUGAUCUCUUUUCCAACACAGAAUCUCUCGUUAUUCAGCUCUCCGCCAAGGAAGCUAUAAUACCUACUGGCACUGCAUCUGGAACAACCGACCGUGAUAUUGAACUCAACAAGCUGAAGGCAGUACUCGAGCGAUGCAACGUCGUCAUCACUGAGCGAAAACCGAGCGAGUUCACGGCGAAAAAUAUCGUGGACGACGUCAGAAAACUCACUCAGCAGGAGAGUGACAUGGAGGACUCAUCCAUGGAUUCAUUCCCCUCCCAGGGUGCUCUGUCAGCUCUGGUUCACUAUCUCACAUUGUCCUCUGAUCCGGCCAACUUUGGCGCAUACACCCUGCGCACGCAUGACCUUGCUCAAUAUAUGCGUCUCGAUGCAAGCGCUGUGCGGGCGCUGGGACUCGUUAGUUUCGAGGCAGGGGGUACGAUAAACAAGUCAUCCACAUUGCUAGGUCUGCUCAAUAAAUGCAAGACUGCGCAAGGGACGCGGCUGUUGGGCACAUGGCUUAAGCAGCCCCUAGUAAACUUGCAUGAGAUACGCAAGAGGCAGGACUUGGUGGAAACAUUCGUCGAUGACUCGUCGACAAGGAGAGUUUUGCAGGAUGAAUAUCUCAAGUUCAUGCCUGACCUCCACCGCAUAAGCAAGCGUUUCAAGAAGGGCGUGGCUUCGCUCGAAGAUGUAGUCAGGGUGUAUCAGGUUGUGUUGAAGAUGCCCGGCUUAAUUGAAACACUGGAUGGCAUUCAACACGAACAUGAGGCACACAGGGCGUUGGUGAACGAAACAUACUUGGAACCUUUCAGAACACACUCAGAUAAGCUUUCCAAAUACUCAGAGAUGGUAGAGACGACGCUCGACCUUGCGUCAUUGGACACGCAUACGUACACAAUCAAGCCAGAGUACGACGAGGGUCUGCAGACAUUAGCAGCAAAACUGAUGGAGGUCCGGGAUGGUCUUGACGCCGAGCAUCGCACUGCCAGUAGGGAUCUUGGUCUUGAGCUUGAUAAGAAGCUCCACCUCGAAAAUUCCGCUACGUAUGGGUACUGCUUCCGACUGACCAAGAAUGAUGCAAAGGCCCUUUCGAAGAACAAGAAGUAUAUUGAGCUCGGCACAACUAAAUCUGGUGUCUACUUCACGACUAAAACACUCAAGUCUCUCGCUACCGAAUAUAAGGAGACAACAGACGAUUAUCAGCGUACGCAGUCAACUCUUGUAAAGGAAGUUGUCAAUAUUGCAUCCACCUAUACACCGAUUUUGGAGAGCCUGGAUCAUAUACUUGCUCACCUGGACGUCAUCGUGAGUUUCGCGCACGUGUCGGUGAAUGCUCCCGAACCGUAUGUUAAGCCAACCGUGCUCGAGAAAGGUGCGGUCAAAGGGGAAAGCAGCCUCAUUCUAAGGGAUGCACGUCACCCUUGUCUGGAAGUCCAGGACGAGAUUAGCUUCAUACCCAAUGAUGUUGAGAUGGUGAAAGGGGAAGGAGAGUUCGAAAUCAUAACUGGACCUAAUAUGGGCGGCAAGAGUACUUAUAUCCGACAGGUUGGUGUUAUAGCGCUCAUGGCGCAAGCGGGGUGCUUUGUCCCGUGUUCCUCUGCAACGCUGCCCAUCUUUGACUCUGUACUAUGCCGAGUUGGAGCAGGCGACUCACAGCUAAAGGGUGUGUCUACCUUCAUGGCCGAGAUGCUUGAGACAGCCUCCAUUUUAAGGUCGGCGACCAAAGACUCGUUAAUCAUCAUUGAUGAGCUGGGCAGAGGGACCUCGACGUAUGAUGGCUUUGGGCUAGCUUGGGCGAUAUCUGAACAUAUCGCUUCCAAAAUUCGAGCAUUCUGCCUCUUCGCAACGCACUUCCACGAGUUGACCGCUUUGGACCAACAAAUCCCUCACGUGAAAAAUCUCCACGUAGUAGCUCAUGUAGGCCAGGAGGAUGGGUCACAAGAGAGGGAUAUCACACUCUUGUACAAGGUCGAACCCGGCGUUUCGGAUCAGAGUUUUGGUAUUCACGUUGCGCGGUUGGCAAACUUCCCAGAGAACGUCGUGAAGCUAGCAAAGCGUAAGGCCGAAGAACUUGAAGACUUCGCCGUCGGCCAGCACCCUCAACAGGAACACUCCAACGAAGUCACCGAGGAAGGUAUCCACAUCGUUGAAGGCCUCCUUCGUAGAUGGUCCGAGUCUACAGGCGGAGGUGAUGACGAAGACGUCGUCAUGGAAGAUGUUUCGCCAGAGGCACAGCUUGAAGAGCUGCGUCGAUGUGUAGAGGAAUUCCGACCGCAGAUUGAACGGAACGCUUGGGUGCAGUCUCUGAUCGUUGCUCUCUAA